AUGGCCAUGAACUUGUUGCGCGUAUCCGCCAGCCGAUCGGUACGAAUUGGUCGCUCCUCGGCCGUCCAUUCCGUGGGUCAAAUUAGUGCGCGUCGCAUGGCGUUGCCUCGUGCCUACACAACUGGAGCAGCCCAACAGUCGUCAGCUUCGUCCAACAGCAGUAACACACCCUGGUUCAUUGGCUCGCUCAUGGUCUUUGGCCCCAUUCUGUUUAAACUGACGUCGCCUCCUCCCACCAAAAAGACACAGGAGAAGGCCCAUGUCGAGCCAAUUGCUAUGGAGACGGCCGAACCAGCUGCCCCUGCUACUGCCCCCGCUCCCAAGAUUCAGAAACCUUAUGUCCUCAUCGGUGCAGGCACGGCUUCGUUUGCUGCUGCUCAGGCUAUCAAGGAGAAGCAGCCUGACGCUAACGUUAUCAUCAUUGGUAACGAGGAAUAUGCCCCAUACAUGAGACCUCCUUUGUCGAAGGAAUUGUGGUUCUCGGAAGACCCUGAAGUCGCAAAGACCCUCUUGUUCAAGGACUGGCAAGGAACUGAGCGCAACACUAUCUAUCAAGAUGAAUCACAAUAUGAAGUGAUUGAGGAUGCUUCCGGUUCGGACCUCCAGACCUCAAAAAUCAAGCUCCUCCUUAACAAGCAGGUUGCCAAGCUUAAUAUCGAGGAUCACACUGUCACUCUUGCUGAUGGCAGCAUUAUCUACUACAACAAGGUUCUGUUGGCUACUGGCGGUGAGCCCAAGAAUUUGCCCGACCAAGCCGGCAAAUCGGAUAAGGUCACUACUUUCCGUACUGUAGAAGAUUUCAAGAAGCUCGACCAAAUUGCUAAGGACGGUGCCCAUAUCGCUGUUGUCGGUGGUGGUUUCUUGGGAUCCGAGCUUGCUGUCGCUUUGGCCAAGCGAGCUGAAAAGGAGAAGUUGACUGUUACUCAAGUGUUCCCUGAAGAGGGUAACAUGGCCAACGUCUUCCCCUCGUAUCUUACCAAGUGGACCACUAGCCGCGUUCGUAAAUUGGGCGUGAAUGUCCAGACUGACAGUGCUAUUAAGGCCAUCAAGACUGACGAAAACAGCAAGGUUGUGUUGGAUCUUGGAAACGAUAAGCAGGUUACUGCCGACCAUGUUGUCGUUGCUGUGGGUAUUCAGCCACGCGUGGAUUUGGCCAGAGAGGCUGGUUUGGAAGUUGAUGAGAAGCGUGCUGGUGUCGUCGUCAAUGCCGAGUUGGAGGCUCGCACUGACGUCUUUGCUGCUGGUGAUAUGGUUUCCUUCCACGAUGUCCAGCUCGGUCGCCGCCGUAUUGAACACCACGACCAUGCUGUCUUGAGCGGUCGUCAUGCCGGUGAAAACAUGGUUGGCGGUGCCAAGCCUUACAAGCAUCAAUCCAUGUCUGAUUUGGGUCCCGAGAUUGGUUAUGAAGCUGUCGGUCUUGUUGACGCCCAGUUGUCAACCGUGAGCGUCUGGGCCAAGGCCACUGCUCAGGAUACUCCUGCUGCCGGUGCAGGUGCAGAGGCCGAAAGUCCUCGUGGUACACCAAUUGCUACUCCUUCUGCCGAAGCUACGAAGACUGCCUCCGCAGGCAAUCCAUUCAAGGAUGAAAAGUUCGGCAAGGGUCUUGUUUUCUACGUUCGUGAAAAGCAGAUCGUCGGCCUGUUGCUCUUCAACGUUUUCGGAAAGGUCCAGGAAGCUCGUGAUAUCAUUGAUGCCGGUUACACUACUGAGCAGAUCGACGGUUUGCUAAAGAAGUUCAACUUGCAUGACGACUCGCAUUAA